AUGAAAAAGGUUCCAUAUGCCUCGGCAGUUGGAAGUCUCAUGUAUGCUAUGUUGUGUACACGACCUGAUAUAUGCUUUGCCGUAGGCAUGGUGGCUAGGUAUCAGUCGAACCCUGGCCAAGGACAUUGGACUGCAGUAAAGAAUAUACUCAAGUACCUGAAGAGGACUAAAGAGUAUGUUCUAGUUUACAAGGCAUCUGAUCUAUGUCCGAUGGGGUACACGGAUUCAGAUUUUCAAUCUGAUCGUGAUUCGAGGAAGUCUACUUCUGGUUAUGUGUUCACCUUGGGAGGUGGAGCCGUUAUAUGGAAGAGUGCAAAGCAGAAAUGCAUUGCGGACUCGACCAUGGAAGCCGAGUAUGUAGCUGCUUCUGAAGCUGCAAAAGAGGCUGUAUGGCUCAAGAACUUCCUAAAGGAGUUGGGUGUGAUUCAGAGUUUGCCCAAGAGCAUCACGGUAUAUUGUGAUAACUCUGGAGCUGUUGCAAACUCAAAGGAACCACGAUCCCAUAAGGCAAGCAAACACAUUGAGAGGAAGUAUCAUAUCAUUCGGGAGAUUGUACAGAGAGGUGACAUACAAGUAGUCAAGAUUGCAACAGAAAACAACCUUGCUGAUCCUUUCACGAAAGCCCUCUCGGGUGGGACGUUCGAUCGUCAUAUGGAAGGGAUAGGUGUUAGAUGCAUUAAAGACUCAGACCUGCUUUCUCUAUAA